GUUAAAAGCUUGAUCGCCACGUCUUUAUUUUUUCUUAUCGAGUAACUUUGUUUAUUUAAUUAUUUUUUUUAACAAUUUUAAUCCAACAAGCUCAGGCUCACAUCUCUCUGCCAAUUAGGGUUGGAUUGGUAAUCAAUACAGGAAAGCGAUGCCACCGAAGGUUGUGAAGAGGGGAGGAGGCGCCGCGAGAAGAGGCGGGAGGCUUACGAGAUCGGCGCUCAAGGCUCAGGAUCCGCCGGUUGAAUCUUCCCAUGAAGAAUCUGUUAAUAUCGGAGAGUUAUCUGGCUCCGAUGCUGUAGAAACGAAGGAGGAGACACCGGAGGUGGAUACGCCUGAUGAGGAAGAGGAUAAAUUAGAUGAGCCGAAUCCAUCUGAUUCGUUCGAUGUCUCUGAAGCUCCAGCGAACUCGGAUAGCUUUCUUCUAUCGAAAAAGGAGACUGAGGGAAAAGAUCCUGUGGAUGAUUUCGGAAAAGAUGAAAGAUUGGAUUUAGAUGACAAUGAACCAGAGUAUGACCCCGAGGAAUAUGGUGGGGAGGAGUUUGAAGAGAGAGAAUUGGAACAGGACGAUCAUGAGUUGGUAAAUGAGGAGGACGAAGAGGUGGAGGAGGAGAUGGAGGUGGAGGAUGAAGCAGGUGAGUUUGCAGACGACGUUGGAGAUGGUCCAGAGGAGCUUGAGAGUGAAGGUGAUGAUGUGCAUGCGGAUGAAGAAGUCAAGCAUGGAGAAACUGUUGAUGUGGAAGAAGAAGAGCAUAAUGAUGUUCUCCAUGAGAGACGUAAGCGUAAGGAGUUUGAGAUAUUUGUUGGAAGCUUGGACAAAGGUGCUACAGAGGAGGACUUAAAGAAAGCGUUUGGUCACGUGGGCGAGGUAACUGAAAUUAGGAUUAUGAAGAAUCCUCAGACAAAGAAGAGCAAGGGUUAUGCUUUCCUGCGUUUUGCAACUGCGGAACAGGCAAAACGAGCUGUUAAAGAGCUUAAAAACCCAAUGAUCAAUGGUAAAAAGUGUGGUGUAACUGCAAGCCAAGAUAAGGAUACCCUCCUCAUUGGUAACAUAUGCAAGACAUGGACCCCAGAAGCUUUGAGGGAGAAGCUGAAACACUAUGGCGUUGAGAAUAUGGAUGAUAUAACUCUGGUAGAGGACAGCAACAAAGUCAACAUGAAUCGAGGGUAUGCCUUUUUGGAAUUCUCAUCUCGCUCAGAUGCCAUGGAUGCUCACAAACGCCUUCUCAAGAAAGAUGUGAUGUUUGGAGUUGAGAUGCCUGCAAAGGUUUCUUUUGCAGAUUCCUCCUUAGAUCCGGAAGAUGAGAUAAUGGCGCAGGUUAAGACUAUAUUCAUUGAUGGUCUGUCACCUUCAUGGAAUGAAGAGCAUGUUAGAGACCUUUUAAAAAGAUACGGUAAACUUGAAAAAAUUGAGCUUGCUCGCAAUAUGCCAUCAGCCAGGAGGAAAGAUUUUGGUUUUGUAACCUUUGAUACUCAUGAAGCUGCUGUGAGCUGUGCCAAGUUCAUCAACAACUCAGAUCUAGGUGAAGGAGAUGACAAGGCAAAAGUGAGAGCACGAUUAUCUAGACCACUUCAGAGAGCAGGUAAAGGCAGACGGUCCAGUCGCUCAGAACACCGGUCUAGGCAUGGGGGUGGACGGUCUGGAAGGAGUUCAUUGGCUCGUCUGCCACCUCGUAGCCUUGCUUCCUCUCGGAGUGCUAGAGGCAUUGGAUCUCGGGCCCCACCUCCUAUUGCAAAGAGAGCUGGUGGAUCUAGAGGAAGACGUCCACGCCCACCUCUACCUCCGCCUGCAAGAUCCAGGCCCUUGCCACCACCUGCAAGAGCCAGGCCCUUGCCACCACCUACAAGAGCUAGGUCAUAUGACAGAAGACCUCCAGUUCCUCCGUAUCCAAAGGCUAGCUUGAAGAGGGACUAUGGUAGGCGUGAUGAUCUUCCUCCUCCAAGAAGCAGACCAGCUGUGAGCUAUAGCUCCAGGCUUUCUCCUGAGAGGCAUCUGUCUUACAGAGAUGAUUAUGCACCCCGUAGUGCUGGUUAUUCAGAUCUUCCUAGAAGUUCUUCUCGCUCAGAAAUGAGGAGGCCGUACGUGGAUGACCUUUACAGUCCGAGAUUUGAAAGACCUCCGACUUACAGUGAAGGAAGAUCUCGUGCUUAUGAACCUCUUCCUCUUCCUGGAUCAAAGCGACCGUAUGCUGCACUGGAUGACAUUCCUCCCCGUUAUGCUGAGGUGGAUGUUCGUCACUCAAGAGCCCGUCUAGACUAUGAUAUAGGCUCAUCUCAAUAUGGGGAAUCGUACGGGGACCGGAUUCCUAGAUCGAGUCUAGGAUAUGGAAGCAGCCGAAAUACUAUGUCAAGUCAAGACUCGCGUGGCCCAUACAGCAGUCGUCAGGGAAUGGACUAUGGAGGAGGCUCUUAUAGUGGUAGCGAUGUAGGAGGAGGAAUGUACUCAUCAGGCUAUGGUACCGACAUACCCAGAAGCGACAUACCCAGAAGAGAUGGAGGAGGUAGCUCGUAUUCUUCAAUUUACUCAAGCCGUGGCUUGGGCGGUAGUAGUUACUCAGGUGGUGGUCCAGGAUCAUACUACUGAAUAUUUGGCGGCAUGCUAAAUUAGGAAGGAGGUUUGGCUAUGCAUCGUCGUGCAGAGACGAAGCAGUUGCCUCUGCAAAAGGACCAAGCUAUAGCCUGGAUGAGAUCGACUGUUGGAAGGUUUAGAGAGUGUUUUUGACUCUUUUUUCCAGAUGUAAUGAUAAGCUUCACUUUCUAUAGAGAUGUCUUUAUUUUUCCUGUGACUGUCAGAAUAAUGGUAAAUGUGGUCGAGGCAUUGUUAUGCCUACAAAGAACAGAGAUUUUAGCUGUGUUUGUAUUUGCCCAUCAAUUUAUAAAAGUUUUCUUUGAAAAUUGCGUUUCUUUUGCUUGGAUUUGAUGCUUGCUCUGUUUUCCUCUCUGUGUGAU